CUCUGUAAGCCCUAAUCUGGAGAGAUUGAUUCUUAAAGGCUGUUUAAGUUUGGUUGAGGUUCAUGAAUCCAUUGGACACCUAGAUCGACUUAUCCUCUUAAAUCUAAGAGAUUGCAAAAUUCUUAGGAAGCUACCGAGAAACAUUGGUAUGCUAAAAUCUCUUGAAACACUCAACAUAUCUGGUUGCUCAAAUCUUCAUGAACUGCCUGUGGAAUUGAGCAGGUUGGAAUCUUUGAAAGUUCUUAAUGCUGGUGGGAUUGCUACAAAUCAAUUACCAUCUACACUUCCUGAAAAUCUCAAGUCAUUACAACUGUUCCUGGAUGUCAAGACCAAGGAAAAUUCGAGAAAUUACAUGGUCUUCUUUUCCACAAUAUUUAGUAAGCUUAAGUCUUGUGGACUGCAAUUUAUCCAAUGAUGCUUUUCCCAAGGAUUUUAGUCAACUAUCCUUGUUGCGAAGCUUAAAUCUCAGCAAGAACCCAAUUUGUAGCCUACCAGAUUGUAUCAGAGACCUUUCAAGCCUUCAAGCCCUCCGCCUCAAUUCGUGUACAAGGCUCAAGUCACUCCUACAGCUACCAAGAUUGGAAAAAUUGUUUGUUGGGCAUUGCACAUUUUUGGAAAAAAUUACAUUUCUGUCACCUCUGUUCAGACAACAACAAAUCGAACAUACUGGUUGUGCCAAACUAGUUUAUGUUGAGGGCAUGAUCAAGUUAGAACCCAUGGGAAUUUCUGAUGUGGAAAUGAUUGACCACUGGAGCUUCAUUAACUUCAAAGACCUGGCAGACGUUGAGAUAAACAUAUUUGUUCCUGUAAAAGAGAUUCCAGACUGUUUCAGCAUUAAGAGUAGAGAGUCCUCAACAUAUUUUACAGUGCCUUCAGUUUUUUAUGUAAAAAGGCUAAACUUGAACAUCUGCUCUAUUUAUGUACUUUCGGGCUAUAGUGAAAACCAGUCAUGUCUUCAUCCACUAUUAUCUAUUACACUCAGUAAUAAGAGCAAGAACCUCUGUUGGAAAUAUAACCCGACUUGCUUUGGCCGCCCAGAAGAAAAUGAAGACAUGAUGUGGUUAAGCCAUUGGAAGGUGGCGAAUCUAUUGGGUUUGGAAGAUGGCGAUGAAGUUACAGUGUCAGUGAUUAUAAGGGGUGUGUUCGAGUUAAAGGAGUUUGGAAUCAAUCUUGGGUAUGAGCAAGAAGGAAAGAAGGGUAUUCCGGGCAGCAUGUAUCCUUCUAAUCAAGAUGUCGCUCGUGGACAUUACUCAGUAUAUCAGGUGAAGACUGGUGUGUACUUCCUCAGCAAUGAAGCACUCUCAUGGGAUGAUGUUUUUCUACCAACACCCAUCUUGGGUUGGGAUGCAGAAACUAGAGAUGAAAUAAUAAAAUCCAAACAAGGGAGACGGGACUGCGAUAGCAGCAGGAACAGGGGAAGAAUACUACAAUGGUGAUAGCAAAAAGCAGAUGGUUGUUUUUUCCCACUUUCUUUCCGACUCUAAAUGAAGUCAUCCU